AUGAGGUUCGGCGAGAAGGUGACCUGUCCAAAGUACGACAGGGAGAAGGUCGAGCCUGGAAUUGUACAUAUUGGAGUUGGUAAUUUUCAUCGUGCUCAUCAGUGCGUAUUUGUGGAUGACUCCUUGUCACUACCAGGACAUGAAUCCUGGGGGUAUCGUGGCAUUGGCUUGAUGCCGGCAGAUGCCAAGAUGAGGGAUGUCCUGAAGGAGCAGGAUAUGAUGUUCACCUUGUGGCAGAAAGGUACUUCAUCUGAAAGUGUCCGUGUGAUCGGAUGCCAUUCAGAUUUUAUCUUGGCACCUGAAAGUCCAGAGAAGGUCUUGGACGCCUUAUGUGCUGCUGAGACCAAAAUAGUCACCAUGACCAUCACCGAGAAGGGGUAUUUUGUGGAUUUCACCACGGGCAAGCUCGACAGCUCGGCGCCGGCCGUGUCCAGUGAUUUGGAGGCGCUGAAAUCGGGCUCUGCUAGUCUGAAGACAGCACUAGGACAGGAGAUUGUGGCCGUGCCAAGCGAAGACAGGCAGAGAAGGCUCCGGGCUUUGUCAUCCUGA